AUGCGUUUCCUGGUAUGUUUUUUUCUUUCGGAAAACUUGAACUUUCCAACAUUAAAAAAAUUAAUAUUUUGACGGAUUCAUUCAGUCAAAUUUUUUUCAGCUGCUCUACUUGAAGGAUCUGUUUUUCAAAUCAAAUCAAAUAAGUUUUCAGUUACUAUUACUGGUAGCGUCAUAAAAAAAGGUGGGUUCAAAUAUUUUAUUUAUUUUUCUUAUUUCAAUACAAAGUUCUAUUAGGCAAAGAAAAAAAGAAUAUAAGAAAAGAGAAAAAAACUCAAUUUAUUUAUAUUCAGUUUUUUUCUCAAAAAAAUUCGCUCUUUUAUAGAUUUUUUUGAUAAAUUGACGUUAAUCAUUGCUAUCAAAAUUGCUAAUGAAAAAGUAUGAAAUUUCGAAUUUGAAAAAAAUUUUGAAAGAGUUUUUAGAUUUUUUUAUUUCGGUUCAAUUUUCGACAAAGCCUCGUAGUAUAUUUUUUGUUAUAAAUAAGCGAGUUCAGGCCAAAUUUCGAUUUAUUCUGAUUUUUGCGUCAGUAAUUUCUACAUUUUUUGGUGAUUUGAAAGGGCUGAAGUAAACGAACAUUGAAAAAGACUCUUCGCCUUGAAACCUGCACUGAUUUCAGCUAUGCUCUUUCAAACAACUUUGUGAAAUUGAUUGGUAACUCGGAGAAAAAGUUAGUUUUCGAGCAAAUUGAUGGACAGCUCUUCAAAAUGUCGUUAUUGGCUCUCCUUGGCGCGUUUUUUUUUUCGAAAAACUGGGUUUGGGAGGCUCUCUUUGAGGCAAACUACAUUGUGACUAAGAAGAGAUAGUUUCAAUCCUUACUCAGGACAUGCUCUAGCUUGAACAAGUGGAUCCCUCGGACGGAUUCCAGGAAAGUUGAGCGGCGCGUCCCGAAAAGGUGGAUGAGCGCCAAGGUCAGGCGCUCGGGACCUCCGCAAAACAGUGUUAUUGACGUGCCUACGGUCAUUGCACUAGACGACGUGGAAAGAAAGAGAGUGAGAGAGGAGCCUGACCUAGUUGCGCUAGCCCGAGGGGCUCAAGGCCGUACUGUCGUCGACGGUGGCGCUGGCGGCGCUGGAAAUGCCCUUUUCCUCUUCAUCUCUCUCUUUCUCCCGCUCGUCUACCGCCACAGGGCCACCGCCUGA